AUGUUCUCCAUUUGCCUAGUUACCCUGCUUGUUGCAGCAACUUGUGCUGCUGAAUUUCCCGAACGACCUUCGAAGUCUGAACACAUACACAGUCUCGUGGAAAGAAACACCUGCUCAUCACGUCCGAAAGGCCUCUGGCAACCUGUUGUUGGGGUAUCAUGGAACUACCAAUUACUUCAUCCUGUAACAACACCAGCCAACAUCCCCUCAACUGCUGAGGUGUGGGACAUUGACCUAUUCGACAACACUGCAGCCAGCAUCAAGGUCAUGAAAAGUAAAGGUCAUAAGGUCAUUUGCUAUUUCUCCGCGGGCAGCUACGAGGACUGGAGGCCGGAUGCGUCAAACUUUAGUGCUUCAGAUCUAGGUAACGAUCUCGAUGACUGGCCUGGCGAAAAGUGGUUGGAUAUCGGAUCUCAGAAAGUCCGAGAUAUCAUGGAAUCUCGUCUCGACCUGGCUGUGAAGAAGGGCUGCGACGGCGUUGACCCAGACAACGUGGAUGGCUACGACAACGACAACGGUCUGGGGUUGACGGACGUGGACUCGAUCAAUUAUAUGAUAUUCCUCGCCAACCAAGCGCAUAGUCGCAAGCUUUCUAUCGGACUGAAGAAUGCUGGCGGUAUUAUCGACGGUGUUAUCGAUUGCAUGGAAUGGAGUGUCAAUGAGCAGUGUGUAGCAUAUGACGAAUGCGACACGUAUGCCACGUUCAUACAGCACGACAAGCCGGUCUUUCAUGUCGAGUAUCCCAAGGGCACCGAGACUAGCAACAAUAAGCCGGUGAGCAGCAAGACGAUGAAGAAGUUUUGUGAGAACAGCGCUGAGGGUGGCUUCUCGACCAUCCUGAAGAACAUCAACCUAGACGAUUGGAUCGAGACCUGUUGA